AUGAAAAAUGUUAGAUUCCUUUUAGGUGAACUUGAAAAUGCUGCAGAAUAUUAUAUAGAUGAUAUAAAUUAUGCUUCUUUCAUAGAAGGAUUGGAGCGUACUAAUCAUGUUCUUGUAUAUCCUGAUACUUUUGAUGAUGAUGGUGUAUGUUUAAUCGUUGAACCUUCUCUUCAUGAUCGUCCUGAACAGAUAAAAAAAUUGCUUAAAUCUGUUCUUUCAUCUUAUGAUAAAAGACCUGAUGAUAAAAGACCUGAUGACGAAAAAAGGCCUGAUGAUGAUGAUAUUGAUUUAAAAGGCCUUGAAUACGUGAUCAUAUUGUCACCCAGAGUUACUUUUGAAUGGAAUGGACUCGUCAUGGUUGUAUCAAUGGAGAAAUUUAACCUUGACCUCAAAACUCAUCAUACCAGAUUAGUAGCUGAUGGAGCUUACCGAUUACAAGCGUGCAAACAACGUUUUCGUAAAUCAGUAGAUGAUUGUAAUAUUAAAAUAUUGUCGGAAGCACGACCAAAUGUUCCCUAUGUUAAUCAUGAAACUACAAAAAUUAAAAAGACUAUUUUUAAAUUAGUUAAUAAAAUAAUAGAUAGUGUUAACACAAUACGUAGUAGGACGAUGAACGGAGAAUGUCAAGACUUGAUAGAGAAUUGUUUCAGUUUUGCUACUGAAGUUGGUCAACGUUCUCUUCGUUAUAUACAUCGUGAGGCUUGGCGUUCCCAACUAAAUUUCAAGUUGACCCGAAUGUCUAUUGAUUGGGUUAGCUUCAUAUGUGAUGAUUGUGUUCCUACUGAUCGUAAAACCUUCCGAUGGGCUGUGAUAGCGUUAGAAUUUGCCAUGGCAACUAAUCGUGGCAACAAUAUUUUAAGUUUGUCUGAAUCUGAGUUUGCAAUGUUACGCAGUAAAGUUGGUAUGUGUAUGAGACUAUUCAUUUCUCACGUAGACAUUAUGGGUGCAAGACAAUCAUAUGAAGCUCAAGAACAACAACGUCAAGGAACUAUUGGAAAUGCCGAAGGGCAGUCUAUCGUUCAACAAGUGAAGAAAUACCGUGGUCAAAUACAUAAUGGUGAAUGUGUUAAUGCUACGCAAGAAGGAUUGAUAGCAGCUAUACACCAAUUAGAAUUCAAGCGCGCACAAAAGGAACAAGAACAACGACUUGUAGGCAAAGUUCUUGAUGAAGAUCCUCAAAAUAGACCUCUUGUUUUCUUGGCUUCAUCUAGCUCUAAUAUUUCACUUCGUUGGCAACAAGGAAAAUUUAUAGGUGGUGGUACCUUUGGUUCGGUAUACAUGGCAGUAAAUUCGGAUACUGGUGAUCUUAUGGCCGUUAAAGAGAUCCGGUUUCAUGAUCCUUCUUCACUUACCAAACUUUAUAAACAAGUUAAAGAUGAAAUGUCUGUUAUGGAAAUGCUUGAUCAUCCUAAUAUUGUAUCUUAUUAUGGUAUUGAAGUGCAUAGAGAUAGAGUUUACAUAUUUAUGGAAUAUUGCUCGGGUGGAUCUCUGGCAUCUCAACUCGAACAUGGACGUAUUGAAAAUGAGAAAGUAGUACAAUAUUAUGCGUAUCAAAUGUUAGAAGGAUUAGUCUAUUUACACAAAAAUAACAUAGUACAUAGAGAUAUAAAACCAGAUAAUAUAUUAUUAGAUCAUAUAGGAACCAUUAAAUUUGUUGAUUUUGGUGCUGCAAAGAUUCUCGCCAAGAAUCAAAGAACUAUGGGACGCACGACUCUGGGUGCUAAGACGAAUGUCAAUAGUUUAACGGGUACACCUAUGUAUAUGGCGCCGGAAGUUAUAACUGGUGGAGAAAAAGGUCGUAAGGGAUCAAUGGAUAUAUGGUCAUUAGGUUGUUGUGUCUUAGAAAUGGCGACAGGACGACGUCCAUGGUCAAAUUUAGAUAAUGAAUGGGCCGUAAUGUACCACGUAGUGACAGGCCAUCCCCCGUUACCGGAAAAUUCUCAACUAUCAGAGUUAGGAAUUGACUUUCUUAAACAAUGUUUUAUCAGAUCACCCCAACACCGUCCUUCGGCCGAAGAACUACUUCAACAUCCGUGGAUGGCUAUCGAUUAG